GUAUGGGCAAUAUGAGGAAACAACAUAGGUGUAAAAAUUAUAAUAUCGUCUGAUUAGAACAGACAGUUUCAGAAGAUUCUAUAUUAUGUAGAUCGUACAUUACGUUUUUAUAUUAGAUUUUAUAACAAAAAAUCAAUCAUAAUGUAGAUUUGAGUUAUAGAUAGAUCGUUUCAUUUUAUCGUUGGUUUAAAAAGUUGUUAUGUCGUUGUGACCUCUGAGAUUAGGCAUUGGGGUCAAGAACGUGUCGCAUCCGCGCGCGGACCUUGCUCGCUAAUGUAGAUAUAUUGAUUCUGACCGGCACCGCUGUUCGGCCUACAGGUCGUACCUAAUAAACACAAUCAUAAAACAUUAACUCUAUACCUACUUCGAAAAUACUAAUACAACUCUACCUAGAAUUACAAAAUUCUUAAAUCGAUUACACGCAUGACGAAUAUUUCUCUUAUCGACGUUAUUAACUGUAGGAAAAUCAAUCGAAACCUUUGAGAGCGAAAAGGACAGCCAUAUGUAAACACACUUAAGUGCGCUUGUACUCGUGGUCAUUUUCUUAUACGAAUCUCAAACCAAAAUAAUGUCGCAUUGUGCUCAAUGAAGCCACAAUCGUGCUGAUGACAUCACUGGCUAAAAGAGUUCCAACUGAGUUUAAUUGAGUGCCACGACGGCUGGACGCUGGUGAGCUCCACUCCAGUCCGCUUGCGACAUCGCCUCCCACUUUCAACGUUAACAUAAUCAUAACGACAUACUGAUCAAGUCAUCACAAUGAGCGCUCACAUCGCCGGAUUUAUAUGCGCGCUUGUCUUGGCAGCGUUCGUGGUCGCGUGGAUAACGUAUUGCAUGUUCUUCAGAGAGAGACAUAAAUCGGAACAUCAUCAGUACAAUAUAUCUGACCUGAGGCACAAGAACUAUCAGUUGGCGCAAGAGCAAGAGACGAAGGAAGUUCCACCAAAGAAGGAACUGGUUGCUGGUGUGUUUAUACUGCCAUCGCGGCAUAAGCACAAGGACGAAGAUUAUGAGAAGAGGCCGGAUUACCCGGAGAGCCCGCCGCCGGCGCUGCAGGCGGGGGCCGACCAACUGGUAGAGAUAUUCAACGAUAGCGUCGCCGACGCAGAUGUCCACUAUAAAGACGGAAUAUUCGAAAUCGACUCUAACGCACAGUAUCAUAGCGACGUCUAGCACACGCAAGUACCUACAUGUCGCGUGACUAAUCACUGUGCACGACUAACAUAAACAUUGCAGCUGUCAAUCGUUCGCACUAAUACUUACCCACAUCGAUGUAAUAUUAUCUAUAACUAUAACGUUUUAAGGACACAAAUAAAACUUUUUUACUUUUUAA